AUGGCAACCCCCACGAUCGAGAACUCUAUCAGCCCACGAGCAGCUCCUUUCAUCCCUGGUGGAAAGAAAGCUGGUUCUGCGGGCGGCCGUGCCGUACCCUUCUGGAAGGACCACCUGGGCUGGUGGUACGACUGGACCCCGUCUCCGACAUCAGUCCCCGGAGUCGUCAGUGUCUCAAUGCUUUGGGGCGGCGGCCACGACGGACAAGAAGACGCCAAGCGCUUUGCUAGCUUCCAGCAACUCACGAGCACACCUCAGUAUCUUCUUGGUUUCAAUGAGCCAGAUUGCACAGGCCAGGAUACCUCAGCCAACUUGGGAGUUUCUGAUGCCGUCAAUCUAUGGAAUCAGAUGAUUGUUCCCCACGGCAACAAAGGCGCUCUCCUCGGUAGUCCCGCGAUGUGUAUGCAGAAAGAUGAAAAGUGGCUCAAACAGUUCAAGGCCGCGGGUCUCGCCAAGUCCUGGGACUUCACCGCCAUACAUAUCUACAAACCCGACAUGACUGGUGUUCAGGCGGAUAUCGACUAUUAUUGGAACACAUACAAAAAGCCCAUCUGGGUCACUGAAUUCGCAUGUGUCUAUGAUCAGAACAACUUCACUCCAUGUUCAGAUCAAGGCCAGAUCAACCAGUGGAUCAAGGAUAUCGUUGACCUGUUUGAGAAGAAUGAGCACAUCAUGGCUUAUGGUUACACUGACGGUGGUGGUCUCGGUCAGGCCUGGUUGCCGACUAAGAAUAAUGGCCAACAGCUUUCUGAGUCCGGGCAGACAUAUUUGAAUGCUAUCAGUAAAUACCACUGA